CGUUGAAGCCGAAAGCGUGACUGGAUGCAGCUCGUGAGCAUCCAAACGGCAGCCACUCCUAAAGCAAAGAAUGGUCUCUCUUAUUGUGAAGGAGAAAAACAAACGCACCGGCGUGAAGCGUUUGGCAAAGGACUACAUUUCCCAGCAGCCGCAUUAGGGUUGACGCAUGCCCUCGCGGGGCUAGAAGCCCUCUCCAGGUGGCCGCCGAAGGCUUCCCCGUGCCCCGAUUCCCAUUCAUCAGUCCCGGAGCCGUGCACGACCUCGGGAGCCGCCGGCAUGUCUUCUUCUGCAGCCGCGGAACCCGAGAGCAAAGCGCUGCCCAUCGUCGUGAGGACGUACUUCUCCGAGGUCGUGGAAGACGACGGGAACUUCAUCCAGGCGGUUUGCAGCCUGUGCAGGCACAAGAGGAAGACCAUCCGAGGGCAGCACAAGGCGCCAUCCAAUUUCACCAAGCACGUGCAGAGAAUCCAUGGAGAAAAAUAUCUGAAGCUGAUGCACAAAAGGAAGAAUAUCUAUUGCAAACAAAUUGGUAGUGGCAUGUUAAAAGUUUCUGAGAAAAUUCCAAAAUGCAGUGAGCCUCAUUGGGACCCUUACUCACAGUAUCAGCUCUGUGAUCAGUCUUUACCCAAAGAAAACCUGGAUCAACUAAUUCUCAAUUUUCUCAUCACUGAUAUGCUUCCCUUGUCGAUUGUUGACGGAAGUGGCUUCCACACUUUGAUUAAAGGGAUUAUUCCCAGUGCCACAGUCACUUCUACAGAAACCUUACGGAACAACCUUGCAAGACAGUAUUCCCUUGGUCCUUGAAAAAAUUAAAAGGAAAUUGGACUCAGUUUCUUAUGUUUGUACAACUGCAGAUGUGUGGGUGCAUCAGGGGCAAAGUUAUGUGGGUGUCACAUGCCACUGGAUCAAUUCAGCUACCUUGGCAAGAGAAUCUGCUGCCUUGAGCUUCCGACGCUUUCCUGGGCCGUGUUCAUACAGCAAGCUUGCUUCUGUGCUGACUGAGAUCCAUUCGCAGUAUGAUUUGGACUCCACAAAAAUAACACACAUUGUCACGGACAACAGGAACCAUUUCCAGAAAACCUUUCAGCUGUUCUCUGGACCCAAAGAGCAGCUGGAGGAUAGCUUGGACCAGCAAGAGGGGAGUGAUGGGGAGAAGCAAGUGAAUCCCCCGGAUGCUGAUGCCUGUGUCAAUGUGCGCAUUUAUGAAGCCUUGUCAAGUGACACUGUUGAUUCUUCUGACCUCUUCUACUUGCCACCCCGUGUGGCCUGCUUUUCCUGCACACUCAGCUUUGUGGCUGCGACAGCUUCUUCCAGAGCACUGGCCACCAACCCUCCAUACAGGCACCUUUUCCAAAGCGUGGCAAGCAAAUGUUGUGCUUUAAGGAAUGUUUCCCAAGAUAGCCUGAAAAAUGCAGAGCUUGUUAAUUACGCCCUCGGAAAGUCUCUCUCCAAACCGGCCUCCAUAUGGAAUUCUGAGUUUGACAGCUUUUGCCGCAUAUACGACAUGCGUGGCACGGUGAAUCUCAUAAUGGCCUGCCUCCAGCUUCCAAAAUUUACCAACCUGGAGCUGGAGUUCUUAGGGGAGUGGUUGGAGGUGAUGUCUCCGAUUGCUACAGCACUUGACAAACUUCAGACAGAAGAGGCCAUCGAGUCUUUCUGCGGUGCUGUCCUGCCAAUGGUGCUUGUGUUAAACAGCCGACUUGAGUCGGUGUCUCCAAAAUACACUUCUUGCCUGGCAGAUGCACUGAAGGAGGAGCUUCAGAAGCAGUUUGGGCACAUGCUGACCUUUGACACAGCUGUAAGUAGUAAAAAUACAAAGCCACUAGUCAUUGCUUCUGUAUCACAUCCAUUUUUUAAAUUGCGUUGGCUGCAAAGUCAAGAUGAUAAGAAGAUUGCUCAGGAGCUUUUCUUACGGGAGCUGCUCCGCUGUGACACUCUGUCGUCGAAGGCUGACAGUCAAGCCGCAGCAGUGAAAGCUGCCGAUGAUUUUUAUGGCUUUGAUGAUCAGGGAGUGGCGGCAGCUGAGUCUGCAUUAAGGAAUAUUGGGGUGCAGUUCCUCAACGAUCCAUCGCAUGAGCUGAGGCAACUGAAAAGAUACCCAGCCAUCGCCAAGCUUUUUAUCAAGUUCAACACCACUCUGCCAAAUUCUGCUCCUGUAGAAAAACUGUUCUGCCACAAUGGACCAAUCCUGGGACCCAAAAUGGCCUCCCUUCAGGAUGAUGUGUUAGAGAUGAUGAUGUUGUUGCAGAAAAAUUCCCAGUUUCUUGUAUGAUAUGUGUCCAUAGAGCAGUGGCCUAGCGUCAACAUGAUGCCCUCCAUAUGUUGUUGGACAGCAACUCUGAUACUCAUCUCUAACCAUUGGUCAUACUGGCUGGAGCUGAAGGAGUCCCAACAAUGACUGGAGUGCCACAGGCUCCCACACCACUGCUCUGCAGCCCAGUUUUUCCACAUGUUCCACCUUCAGAAAAACUCUUUCCAUGUUGCUCCUUCUGCUGAGGCACCAAUGAAACUGUCACAUCACUCCUAUGCAUUGCAGAGUGUUUUGGGGCAUGUUCCAGGGUGCAUACUCAGGGAUGGCUCAAGAAAGGUGCUGUUGUUGCUGCUGCUGCUUGCUGUAUUAAGCAGUGUAGGUGUGAUGGGCUACAGGGACUCACCAGUACCUUGCCCUUAAGUAGACCCCAGUCCCUACCACCAAGCAAUGACAAGGCAAUGAAUCCUGAGGAGGCCAUGUUUGCUCUCCUUGCUUGGAGACUCCACUUGUGCUAGAAGGGGCAUGGUAGCUCUCGUUCAUCUGCUUGAUGGGAGAGAAGGAGUACCUGGAGGAUAUAAAGCCACAGGGAGAGGGAGGAGGGGCAGUGGAAGGCCAGAGAACAGGCUGGACUACCUAGGCAUCUAAGAGGGCUCUCACACAAAUAAGGAUGGCUUGGCCCAUACUCCCUUGCCAGGUGCCUUCUGCAAUCUUGCUGAGUUUUCCUCAGACAGUUGCCCAGUGCGCCUGCAUGGUGAGGGCCAGAUCUGUGUCCACUCAGUUCAUGCUGAGCACUGGACAAGCUUGUUGGCUUUCGUAUAAACUUGGUUUGAAAUUUGCUGCUUUGAACUGUAUUCUUUUGAUAAAUAUUUUACACUCUGUUUUA